CAGCAGCACUUCGAGGGCCACGACACUGCUGCAUUUGUGGGGAAUAAACAGCGCAGCGGACCGCUAAAUAAGCGAGAGCGAGCCAACGCCGCGCCACACUGACUUUUACUGCACACGUCUGGUCGUCACGCGCGAUGGUGGUGUAACGCAGUAACCGCACUCGUUAGUGCCAUUGCGCACAAAGCAGCAUAAGCGCGCUCUGCUUUUGCAGCGGCGCGGCGAUGGGUGCGUCCGCAGCCGACGUGCUGGGCGGCGGCAGCAGCAAUACGGUCUCUGAGAACAAUGUGCUUGCUGGGCUGUGGACGGAUCUGGCGCUGGGGCUGCUGCUGGUCGCGGCAUUCUGCUGCCUGCAGCGCCGCUGCCACUUGUAUCGCUAUCGUGAGACCUGUCCGGCUGUCACCAACAAGCCGCGGCCGCUAGCGACACACGGCCUCCGCUCCUACUUCGACUGGGCGCUGCGUGCCGCCGCCGCCAGUGACCUGGAGCUGCUGCAGGGCUGCGGGCUGGACGCGCUGGUGCUGGUCAAGGCCUGCAGCAUAGGCAUGCAGUUGUUCGCGCCGCCCUGCGUGCUGGGACUGGCGCUGUUGCUGCCGCUGCACCGGCUGACUGGAGGCGGGGCCCGGCGGCACGCGGCUGUGCGCGCGGGCCCGCCGCUUGGCACGCCUGGUGCCGGCGGCACGGAGACCCGCGGCGUGGAGGGCGCCAGCAGGGCAUGGACAGAUGACGGCGGCGUGCUGGGGUCCCUCACACUUGCAAACAUGCCGUACGGCUCCCGCUGGAUGUGGGCACACUUUGUCCUGGCCUACGUGUACGUGCUGUGGGGCAUGUGGCUGCUGGCCUGGCACUACCGCCAGUUCGCAAUCAUCCGCACCCACUACCUGCGCCGAGGUGACGGCUUCAAUGUGUGGAGGGAGCUGUACGCACAGCCGGUGGCCAUGCUGGGGGUGGCGUCACCAGCCGCGGCCGUAGCUGCGUCAAUGGGUGCUGGUGGCGGCAGCCCCAAGGCGGGCAGCCGCGCCCGCCGCAGCAGCAGCCACUACCACUGGCUGUACGGCAGCAGCGCCGCCGCCGCCAUCUGGCGGAGCAGCAGCAACAGUGGCCGCAGGUCGGGCAACCCCAUGGGCGGCAUGCUGUGGUUGUUGCCCCCGCUGAUUCGCAACAUGCUGCCAGUGGAGCUGCCACUGGCGCCGGUGCCUGCCGCUCCCUGUGCCGCCGCGGCCCCUAGCGCCGAGGCGGCAGCUGGGGCCAGCGCCACUACCUCGGCGGUGGUUGCACCUGCUGUGGCCGGUCCUAUCCCACAAACUCUGGGGCCCUGUGCGGAGGCUGGGGCAGUCAUUGGGCCCGCACCCAUGCCGCCAGCCGCGUUGAGUGCUGCGUCAUCCCUGGCCUCGUUGCGCGUGCCGCCCCUGCAGCUGGGAGCCCUGCGCGGGGGCAGGUUGUCCACUACCACUGGGGCUGGGGCAGGGGCCGGGGCAGGGCCGGGGGCGGUGGCAGCGGGCACGCCCCGCCUGCUCCUGAGCGGCGCAGGCAGCAGUUUUCUGCUCGCGCGACACGCGUCCCUGGGACUGGGGGCGCCGCUGCGCUCUCUGGAUGCGGUGAAGUCGCUUCCACCGCCGGCCUACCUGCACGCUGGCACAGCCAACCCGCCGUCCGCCAACAACCAGCCCUACAGGAGCACCAGCACCAGCACCAGCACCAGCACCAGCACCAGCACCAGCACCAGCACCAGCACCAGCACCAGCACCAGCACCAGCACCAGCACCAGCACCAGCACCAGCGGUGCUGCAGCCGCCAGACCCAGCAGGCAGACGACGAUGGUAGCAGCUGCUGCAGCCGCCGGAUCCAAACCGGUGGUCCACCAAGGGCGUGGCACGCGAGCCGUCGGAUCCACGACGGCAGCGCCCUCACUCAGUGCCUUCGCGACGGCCACUGGCGCUGCCGCCGCGACAGCCGUUCUUGCGGCGUGCAUGGCAGAAGCUGCACCAAGCGGCCAGCAGCAGGAGCAGCGAAACGAGGAAUGGCAGCCGGCUAUGUCGGCAAUGGCUAGGCCAAACCGACCACCCGCCGCCGCCCUCUCAGCGCACCUGCCUGUCUCACCUCCCCCAUCCCGGCAGCAGCGGCAAGCGACAAACGGCUCCGUGGUGCGUGCAAAGCAUGCUACCCAGCCAACCCUUGCCACAGACCUUUUCCACGCCGCAUCCACCCACCAGCACCCGCUUGGCGAGGCAACCGAGCGCGCCGCAUGCCUGGUCAGGACACCGGCAGCGGCACUGGUCGGCAGCAGCAGCACUGCCCCCCAGCAGCACGGGGAACGUGGCGACCGCUGGCAUGCCGAGGCGACCGCCAGGAGCCUGCGGCAGGCGCUCCUGCCCGCAGGCACCGGCACAAGCACCGCCGGUACCGAUGCGGACACGUCUGCAGCCUCCUUGACUACUACGGGAGCUGCUGCUCCCGCUGCAAGUCCCGGACCACCGCCACAGCAGCCGGGGCCCGGAGGCGGUGACCUGCAUGCGGACCAGCCAUGGGUCACCAUAGUGCUGGAUGCUUCACGGUCGCCAUGCGGUGGCGGUGCUGUUGCUGGACGGGGAGGCAGAGGGCUGGCGGCAAGCAGUAGUCUGGCCCGCUGGGGCCGCAGCCUUGCCGCGACCAUGUUGCGGUGGCCUGCUACUGCCGCUGGCGACACCGAGAGUGCUGGCCCGGGGGCUGCAGCAGACACGGUCAACCAGGACACCGCUUUGCCCGCUCCCCGCGGCGCAGUGGCUCUGUUGCAUAGGAAGCCGCAGCGGGCUCAGAAGCCUGGCGGUGGCUGUGGCGGCGAUGCCCGGGCUCGCCAACUGGAGGGCACCAGCAGCAGCAGGCGAGCGCUGCUGUCUGUGGAUCACGACGGGGGCAGCAUCACAACUGCUGUUGGUGGAGUGGGUGGUCGGCGCAUGCUGUCCUCGUCCUUCAGCGAGAUCACACCGAUCGCGCCCAGGGCUGCUACGGCUGGGGGUGUACCUGAUGCGGGCGGCGUGCUAGUGGUCUCCGACGGGGAGGUACCAGCAGCCGCCCGCGGGGUGGUGGAUGCAGCAGCAGGUGCAGCAGCAAAUGGCGGAGCCGGCAGUCGCUCAGAUGUGGAUCCCGAUGGGUCAAGCCUGAGCUCGUCAUUGGGGGCGGCUGCCAUGGGCAUGCCGCGCUGGUGGACGCAACGGCCGCUGCUGUCGCCCACCGUGCAGCCCAGCACGGCGCCCAUGGCGGCGGCAGCGGCGCCUGCAGAGGAAGGCCACAUGCGGCUGCCCAGGCUGCGGAUGGCCUCGCGCCCAGCCGCCGCGGCGAUAGCAGCCGCAGGCACCCGCGCGGCCGUCUGUGGCAGCGCCGAUGAUGAUUUCCCGGACGAAGCCGGCAACGCUGGUUUCGGCAGCGGCCGCAGCGCAAAGGUAGCUGUAGUGGCCUCCGCGUCCUCACCGGCACCCUUGUCAGCUGCUACCACAGACCAAGAACAACAGCCGCCACCGCUGGCUCCGGCUCCUCCGGUUGAAGCGUUCCUGCGGCGGCAGCUGUUGCCCUCGGGUGUGGCGGACCUGGACCUGCACCGGCCCAGUGUGGGCCACCGCAAGACCGUGAACGCCGUACGGCAGCACGACGGCGUGCACGUGAGCGUGCUGGCACAGCACUACGCCGUACUGGUCACGGACGUACGGCAGCCGGUGUACGGACCGUACCCGCUUGAUGAGCCGCACGUGCGCAGCAGUACAGCAGGAGGUGACGGUAUAGAAGAAGGCAGCGGCGCACUCGCCGGUUCGCUUGGAGCCGCGACUAAGGCAGGCGUGGGCACCGGCAUUGGUGGCGCGACUCACUCGCCGGCGGCGCCGCCAGCGGCAGCAUCGCUGCUGCGGCGGGUGGCGUCCGACCUGUGGCACGUAGCCUCGUGGUGGCGGCUGAUGGCGCCCCGCCUUACCUGGCCACGUUGGUUCCACUGGUCCAGUCCCGGCCCCGAAAACCGGAGUGCCGCAGCAGGAGCGGCAGCAGGAGCGGCAGCGGGAGCGGUAGCCGGCGCGCACCUGGCGUCCCUGUCGGCCUCCCUUGCAGGCGGCAGCAGCUGGAUGCACGACCCGUCGUCGCGCGCGCAUGCUGCUGCGCCCAGCGCAGUGCUCCUGGGUCGGUGGGGAAUCCCGGCAGCAGCAGCAGUAGCAGCAGCUGUUGGCGCGGGCGGCAGUGCCGCUGCCGGCUCUGUCGGACCACCGGGUCGAGGCCGCCACCGCCGCUGCGUGUCCGACGGCUCAACACUACUGCUUGCAUCCUUGAUGGCGACGGCCGAGGCCCGGACAGCGGCAGCUGAUCCUAACGGCGGCGCUGCGGCGGCUGAUGACGGCGGUCCACCCCAGUCAGCUAUACAGCGCGCGCUGCUACUGGCGGCCCUGGCGGCAGCGGGUCAGCAGCAGCAGGCUGCGGCAGCUAUGCCAGCCGGCGGCGUUCGGUACCCAACGCCAGUGACCAGGUUGAUGGCGCCACUUGAUCGCGGCGGCACAGACAGCCGCCGCCGCUCCCUUGCAAGCACCAUCCCCAGUGGCGUGGCACAAGCCAUGUCGGCUGCAGCCGCUGGCGGAGCUCGUUGGCAGCGGCGUCACCAGCGGUCCCUGAGCGAGCAGGCGCUGCCGGACAUGUUGGCGGCUGUGGCUGCUGCCGAGGCAGAUGACCAGCAUGAGGGCGCUAGCAGUACCGCUGCAGGUGGCCGUGCCAGUGCGCCUGCUGCGCCUACAUCCUGCCGCGGCUUCAGUGGCACGAGGGGCAUGGCCGGACUGGGAGCGUCCGACCUACACUCGAAGCUGGCCAUGGUUCCCAGUGGUUUCGUGUUGCCGACUAGCAGCACCGUAGCAGCCGCUGGAGUGGUGACAGGGCCUGGCUGCGAGGUGGGCGACACCGCUGAAGCCAUUGCCCCCGCUGGGGCCCGCCGCGGCGGUGGCAGCAGCCAGCGGUCUGUGAUGCCGCCAGCGCUCAGCAACAGCGCGGAGCGCUGGGCGUUUGUGCGCGAGGCGGUGGCCGCGGGUGCGGUGGCGGCGCUGCGCGCCAGCCCGGCAUACUGCGUCGUGUCCGCCACCUUCGCCCGGCUCUUCCCGGACGACUUUGACCGUGCCGUACCGGUUAUACGGCACAAGGAGGUUGACCAAUUGCUUCGGCGGUUGGACGAGCAAGUGGCAUUGUACGACGCGGCUCGGGAGCAGCUGCGGAUGUCGGGGCAGCGGCCGGAGGGCCGACUGGGGCGCUGGGUGUCGCUACGCGGCCCGGGCCCACGCGUUGACCUGAUUCGCCACCACCGGGACUGCGUCCGGGAGCUGCGUGAGCAGGUGCAGGCGGCGCGGCACGCCGCCUUCUCGCACGCCGCCGGCACGGGCAGCUGGCUGGUGUUCUUCCGCAGCCAGCGGGCCGCGGCCAUGGCAGCGCAGUGCGCCAUACACCCGGAGCGAGAGGAGGAGCAGGAGGAGGAGGAGGGGCAGGCGGAGGAGCAGGAGGAGCAGGGCCUGUGGAAAGAGGAGGCCGCGAUGGGCACGGGCGCAGCUGGCGGGGAUAUGGAGCAGGAAGACGCUCGCCAGUGCUACCAUGCGCGCUACCUGUGGGGCCGCCUGCGUCACAGCUCCUAUUUUAGGGUGAGCCCCGCGCCCGGGCCGGACGAGGUCAACUGGUCGGCGCUGUGGUUGCGGCCGCGGCAGCGCUGGCUGCGCCGCGUGCUGCUGGUGCGGCCGCUGGCGCUGGGCCUGCUGCUGCUGGUGCCGGUGGGCAUCUUUGCCGGCGGCCUGCAGCAGCUCAACAGCCUGCUGUGCCCCGCGGGAUCCGGCCCUGGUCACGACCCCGGACGACUUGAGGGCGCAGGCGGCGUGCCAGGCGGCGGGCAUGGUGGGGGCGCGGGGGGUGGAGCAGCAGGGGCGUGGCCGUGGUACUGCUCGCAGAGGAGCUUCGUGGCGCGGCUGCUGCAGCGGCUGGCAAUGGGCGCGGGUCCGGCGCUGCUGGUCAGCCUGUGGCAGGGCAUGGUGCUGCCAGUGGCGCUGUGGCUGCUGGUGCAGGCGGGCGGGAUGUCUCACUCUCUGUCGGGCUGCGACCGGUGUGUGGCGGCGGCGCUGUUCCUGUACGAUGUGGUUAACGUGUUUGUUGGGGGCGUGGCGGGCAGCGCUCUCAUGCUGACGCUGCGCACGGCGCUGUCCACGGGCCCCUCCGCCGCGCUGUCGCUUCUGGGCUCCGCGCUGCCCGCCUCCUCCAACUUCUUCCUGUCCUACCUGGCCUUCCGCACCCUGGUGGCGCAGCCGCUGCGGCUGCUCAUCCCGCAUGUGGGGGUGCGGCUGUACCUGCUGCGGCGCUACGUGCGGCCGAGCGCCUGGGCCCGCGGCACCUGCGCCGCGCCGCCGCCGGAGCGCGAUGCCGCCAUCAUGACAGCGCCCGUGUCGCCCCGAUACGGCUACGAGGUGGGCAUGUUGCUGCUGGUGUUCGUGAUCGCGGGCGGCUUCAUGCUGGCGGCUCCGCUGCUGCUGCCCGCCGCGCUGGCGUUCUUCGCCGCCGCCUGGCUCUUCUGGCGGCAGGCCUUCCUGGGCGUGCACGUGCGCCAGUACGAGGGCGGCGGCAGCAUGUGGGCGCUGUUGUUCAGUCGGCUGGUGGGCGUGCUGGCGCUGUUCGGCGCGGUCAGCGGUGCGGCACUGCUGGCACAGGGUGGCGUGGCGCAGGGCGUGCUGCUGCUGGCCAGUGUGCCGCCGCUGCUGCUGCGCUUCCACGCCCGCUGCGCAAGAAGGUACCGGGCCGGCGAGCCGGCGGUUAUGCCGUUGGACCUGGCCGCGACCGCGCCCCUGGCGUCUGUGGACCCCUGGACCUACAUGCCGCCGCCGCUGCACCACCAGGCUGCGGGCUGGCACCCCGACUGGUCGGUGCCGUGGCGGGGCUGGAACAUGCCGCCGUACAGCGUGUAGGCACCCGCAAAGCCAGGCUAGGCAAAGGGCCAGAUGGGGGCUGCAGGGUGGAUCAUGGAGACAUGAAGCUGCGACAAGCGACGUGGUGUCUUGGGAGCUGCGUAGGACGUCGGGACGCAGGGGCAGUAGCUGUUGCAGUAGCUGCAGCAUCAAGGGCGCCACGACCAGGCGCAGGGCCAGCUGUUAAGUGCCGCCGCAUGCGAUGUAGUCUGCGUGACAGCUGCUGGCGUGCAGGAGAAAAGGACGGCGGCGGCGGAGAGGGGGACGGCGCAGAUUUCAGCAGUUUUGAGCAGUUGCCGAGGUGUUCGGGAAUCCGGAUUCGGGCAUGGCAAAUUUGCUGCAUGCGACUGGGCGAGUGUUAGUUGGCCAGUCAUGG